AUGUCUAAUUCUUCAUCGAAGGAAAAUGGACAAGAUACAUCCUAUUCAAUGUAUCCCCCAACCUCACCUGCAGCCCCACCAGCGAACAUGCAAUACAACAUGAACAUGUAUGGAAACCCCGCAACAUUCACUCAGUAUGGUUAUGGCUAUCCGAUGCCAAUGGACAUCUACGCAGGCCAGGGUGCGCCUUUCAUCGGAUACGGAAUGAAUCCCAACAUGAUGUAUUAUGGUGGAGCUAUACCACAGCCCGGUGGAGGUCAGAAGAAGAAAUAUUAUAAUAAUAAAAGUGACUCUGCUAAUGGUAACAAAAAUGAUGCGAGUAGUCACCAAAACGGUCAUAUUCAGUACUACAACACCAAACCUUCCACACCAUCCUCCUCGACAACUAACCCUGCCACACCCGCGAGCAAGACUGUUCCCAUCACUAUAAAAAACCAGUACAAAUUUGAGGUUGGCAAUGAUGACUCCACUCUUACUUCUGAAUCCAUUGAAUAUCCUUUCUAUAUCAAUACGACAGAAGAAGAAUUUGCAUCUGCGCGUGCUCAAAGGCACGAAAUAACUUUAAAGGUACUCAGAAAGGAGAUCAAUAGGUUAGAGCUAGAUGAAGCCACAGCUUUAGAAGCAACCGAACAAAUAGUGCCUAAAAACUCGCCUAUUGAAGAAGAACAGAAAAAAGUUUCCAUGGACGCUAUGCCAAAUGCAAAGGAUAUCACAGGAGCAGAAACGAAGACAAAAGAAACUGUACAAGCCGAAUCAACCGAGGAUGAGGAUUCGAAGGAAAAUGCUUCUCCAUCACCAUCGGCUAAAGCAAUCAAGUCAUGGUCUGCAGUUGCUUCUAGUGCUUCUCCCAAAACCAUCGCUCAGCCAUCAUCCUUACACGGAAAAAAAGAUAAAAAGUAUGUUCCUUCUUCAGUGAAAUCGCUUGAGCCCCUCGGCUCUGUAGCUUUGAGAAUGUGCUUCGACGAGGAUUACAUCAAAUACACGAUGAGCAAUGGCGGAGACUCAGCUUUGGCUAUUCAGUCUAUCGUCCCCAGAGGGAUUGUGAACUCAGGAAAUAUUUGUUUCAUGAGCUCAAUUCUUCAAGUGCUCUUAGUCUGCAAACCAUUCGUAAACGUUUUGAAUGUUAUUAGUCUCAGGACAAGUGCUAAAAUGGGCGCUCCAGUUUCCCCAUUACUAGACGCUUGUUUGGAUAUCUAUCGAAAGUUCGAUAAGCAAACAUUUGAAAGAGAAAAGUCGACAAAAGGCAAUUCUAGUUCCAGCGUCUCAGUCACUUCAUUCGGGGAUGCAAUCAAACCAGAUGACUUCUAUAAAGCGUUAUCCAAACUUCCCAAAUUCAAGGAUCUAAGGUGGGGCCACCAGGAGGAUGCCGAAGAGUUCUUGACACACUUGUUGGAUCAGCUGCAUGAAGAAUUCAUCACUGCUAUCGAUGCCUUGACAGAUCUUGAUAUCAUUGCUUUGAUCAAAAGUCUAAAUGAUGAUGACUUGAAAGUGAACUUCAUUAAAAAUCUAGCUAGAUACAGGAAUGCUGAGUUCGCAAAGAGUGCAUCAGUUCAGCUCAAAGAGCUGUUGGAUAAGUAUGGCGUUUCAACAGAUGAUUUCGAUGAAGAAUCUGAGGACGGCUGGCACGAAGUUAGCAGCACCAGUAAAAAGGGCAAGAAAACCAAGACGGCGGCUAAAAGAACAGUCGAAGUGGAGCCUUCCCCAAUUUCUGCUAUUUUCGGCGGUCAGUUCCGCUCGGUUCUAGAUAUUCCUCAAAGCAAGGAAUUGCAGUCCAUUACUCUCGAUCCUUUUCAAACCAUACAGCUUGAUAUUUCAGAUCCUGCUGUUAAUGAUCUAGAAACCGCUUUCAAGAAAUUCAGUGAACCUGAAAUGAUAUCCUUCAAGGCUUCGUCUGGCAAUGACGUGGAAGCUAAGAAGCAAACUUUCAUCGAUAAACUACCUCAAGUGUUCUUGAUUCAAUUGAAGAGAUUUUCUUUUAUUAAUAACACUGACAAAAACAAGAUGGUCAAUUAUAAUGCAUAUAAUGGUCGUGUGGAAAAGAUUCGCAAGAAGGUCCACUAUCAGCAUUAUCUUACAAUCCCAGAAGAAUCGAUCUCUUCCGUGCAUUCUACUUUCUACAGCAGUAUCGGUACCACUUACAGGCUGAUAGGUGUUGUAUAUCAUCAUGGCAUAAGUUCUAGCGGUGGCCAUUACACCUGUGAUGUCUAUAACGAAGAACAAGACAAAUGGUUCAGGAUAGACGAUGUCAAUACUACUGAACUGGGUAAGGAUGAUGUUUUAAAGGGAGGUGAAGAUGGAUCAGAUUCUAGGACCGCCUAUAUAUUGAUGUACGAGAAAGUAUAA